GCUAGUUGGGAGCUUGACUUACAUUACAGUUGGAUCUGUUGAAUCUUGCGGCUCUAGCUGAUGGUGUGGGCGUGAAACGGUGAACAACUCGGUGUAUUUUUGCUGCGGGAUUUUCCUCGGCCGCUGAUAUACGGGAUAACCUAGUUGUCCCUGUUCCUGACUUGAGAUAUCUGUCAGGCACAACCUGCUGAAAAGGAGGUAGAGGAGCACACGCGGUUCUCGAGGAAAGUGUUUAGAUCGCGAGCUAUGGACUACAUGAAUCAGCAGAGACAACCUGGCGAGCCUGCCGAUGACGAUGUCGAGGCUCAGGGAGCUAGUCACUCAAAUGGAGCCAAUUAUACAAGUGGACAGCAAGAUGGGGAGCGUUCCGUUCCGGCUACGCCUACUGGCGAGCGCGUCAAGUUCGGGGAUGCUCGCCUGAAUGUCCCGGCUAAAAGCUCGGACUUAAACGAAUAUGAGGCGCUUGAUCGGUUCAUCACGAACUUCGAUGCGGAGCGCCGGGCCAGCCUCGCGAGUGCGAUGGGCGGGCGGCGCAAGAAGCCAAAAUGGUGGCAGUUCUGGAAAUCUAGAAAGGGAGAACCAGAGGCAGGGCCCCAGCCUACUGACAUUGGCAAACCGCCGGAUUCAUGGCUCGACACAGACAUCCAUACCGGUCUCACCAGCGCCCAGGUGGAGGAGCGCCGGAGACGAUACGGCUGGAACGAGCUGGCGGCUGAAAAGGAAAACAUGUUCGGCAAGGUGCUCAGUUACUUCCAAGGACCUAUCCUUUAUGUUAUGGAACUUGCGGCGUUACUGGCCGUGGGCCUUGGCGACUGGAUUGACUUUGGUGUCAUCAUUGGCAUCCUCUGCCUUAACGCUUUCGUUGGCUUUUAUCAGGAAAAACAAGCGGCUGACGUGGUGGCGAGCUUGAAGGGUGACAUUGCCAUGAAAGCGACUGUUGUACGUGACGGCAAGGAACAGCAAAUCUUAGCGAGAGAAUUGGUUCCAGGUGAUAUUAUAAUCAUACAAGAAGGACAAACCGUCCCAGGAGAUGCCCGGUUAAUUUGCGACUACUCCAGACCUCAAGACUUCGAGCAGUAUAAACAACUGAGAAACGAAGAUAAGUUUAGCGAGGAGGAAGAAGCCAAGAAUAACAAGAACAAAGGCCAAAAUGCCAAGGAUCAAGAGAAGGAUGACGAAGAACAUGAUGAACAGUCUUUUCACUACGGCGAGCCCCUCGUCGCCUGCGACCAGUCAGCCAUUACCGGUGAAUCCCUCGCCGUGGACAAAUACAUGGGCGAUAUUCUGUACUAUACAACCGGCUGCAAGCGAGGAAAAGCAUAUGCUAUCAUGACCACGUCUGCCAAGUAUUCUUUUGUUGGACGGACCGCAGCUCUAGUCCAAGGUGCCAAAGACCAAGGCCAUUUCAAAGCUGUCAUGGACAGCAUUGGAACGUCGCUAUUGGUGCUUGUUAUGUUUUGGAUUCUCGUCGCCUGGAUCGGGGGCUUCUACCACCACCUACGAAUUGCUACACCCGAUGUCCAAAAUCUAUUGCAUUACGCCUUGGUGCUGCUCAUUAUUGGAGUUCCCGUCGGUCUUCCGGUGGUCACGACGACAACACUUGCAGUGGGCGCGGCCUUUCUAGCGAAGCAAAAAGCCAUCGUUCAGAAGCUAACGGCGAUCGAAUCUUUAGCAGGCGUAAACGUGCUUUGCUCAGACAAGACCGGCACCUUGACAGCUAAUAAGCUCAGCAUUCGCGAGCCAUUCGUCGCCGAAGGACAAGAUGUAAACUGGAUGAUGGCUGUCGCAGCACUAGCGAGCUCGCACAACAUCGCCUCGCUUGACCCCAUAGACAAGGUAACAAUCACGACGCUUAAACGCUAUCCCAAAGCCCGCGAGAUCCUGCGCCAAGGCUGGGUAACAGACAAAUUCACGCCCUUCGACCCGGUCUCCAAGCGCAUCACUACCGAGUGCCACCUAGGAAAAGACAAAUUCAUCUGUGCAAAAGGUGCGCCACGCGCCAUCAUCAACCUCACCAACGUCAGCGACGAGGUGCGCGCCGUGUACAACCAGAAAGUGCGAGAAUUCGCCAUGCGCGGGUUCAGAUCGCUAGGCGUAGCGUACAAGAAGAACGACGAGCCCUGGGUCCUCCUCGGACUCCUAUCCAUGUUCGACCCGCCGCGCGAAGAUACAGCACAGACGAUUGUCGAAGCGGCGCAUUUGGGCGUGCCGGUCAAGAUGUUGACGGGCGAUGCUCUUGCUAUUGCCAAGGAAACGUGUAAGAUGCUGGGGCUGGGCACCAAGGUGUAUAAUUCCGAGAAGCUUAUGCAUAGCGGCUUGACGGGGACUGUUCAGCAUGAUCUUGUGCAGCGCGCCGAUGGGUUUGCGGAGGUUUUCCCGGAGCAUAAGUAUCAGGUUGUGGAGAUGUUGCAGCAGCGUGGCUCGCUGACGGCGAUGACGGGUGAUGGUGUGAACGACGCACCAUCCUUGAAGAAGGCUGAUUGUGGAAUUGCCGUCGAGGGAUCAUCUGAGGCUGCUCAGGCGGCAGCUGAUAUCGUCUUCCUAGCUCCGGGUCUCAGUACUAUCAUCCUGUCGAUCAAGACUGCUCGCCAGAUCUUCCAAAGGAUGAAAGCAUACGUUCAAUACCGUAUCGCACUAUGUCUCCACCUCGAGAUAUACCUCACGACGUCAAUGGUAAUCAUCAACGAGACCAUCCGUCCAGAUCUCAUCGUCUUCAUUGCGCUCUUCGCCGACCUGGCCACCGUCGCCGUCGCAUACGACAACGCGCACGUGGAGCCGCGCCCCGUAGAAUGGCAGCUGAAGAAGAUCUGGGUGAUCAGCGUGAUCCUGGGAAGCCUGUUGGCCGUUGGCACUUGGAUUAUUCGGGGCGCUAUGUUCCUGUCCAACGGAGGCGUGGUGCAGAACUUCGGCUCGAUACAGGAGGUUCUGUUCCUGGAAGUCGCACUGACCGAGAACUGGCUCAUCUUCGUGACUCGCGGCGGCCAGACCUGGCCAUCAUGGCAGCUCGUUGGCGCUAUUCUAGGUGUCGAUGCCCUUGCCACUAUAUUCGCCCUGUUCGGCUGGCUAUCUGGUAGCGGUGGCGGCGUCAUGGAGACCACACCGCCUACCUCGUUUGUCAACUCGUAUAACGGCUGGACUGACAUCGUGACCGUUGUCGUCAUCUGGGCAUACUCCAUCGGCGUGCUUAUAUUCAUCGCGAUCGUGUACCUCGCGCUCAACAGCUUCUCGUGGAUCAACAACCUCGGGCGCAAGGACCGCAACAAGAAGGACACGCAGAUCGAGAACAUUAUCGGGCAUAUCAAUAAGCUUGCCAUUGAACACGAGCCAGACCCAAAGACUGGUCACGACAAGUACUUCAUCGUGGAGAAGUCAGCUGCUGAAGAAGAAGAUAUAUGAUCACAGUUAAGCGAUAAUAAUGAAAAUGGGCUUAAUUCUGCGUUGUUCCGUUCCUAUACGCGCAUUAUAUAAGGAUAUCUUUAAUCCUCUCUAUAUAUGACUGAGAGAGAAACGAGACGUUUAAGAUGACAUAUAUCAUUCCUGUGUGUAUAUCGUUAUUUUCUAAAUAGGAAUUGAAGGGUCUUGUAUUUAAAGCUGUACUUAUCAUGGCCAGAUAAUACGCCUCUGUUGGGGAUAAUAUAGGGCUUAAACUUGCGUGCAGAUAAAAAGGGAGUUUAGUAUCUCUAAAGAGAAAACGGCGCUACAAAUAAUGAUGCGUAGUUAAAUGAAGAUAUAAAGUAUGUAUGUAUGUAUCCAUAGCUAUACACAAACCCCCAACCCUUGGAGACUCGUCGCACAAGUCCCCGUGUCUGCAAACCCCCUGACAAAUGCAAUAGCCAAAACUUAGGAGGUACCUAGGUAAAAUAUGCUAAAAUGGGUACCCUUUUCCCUUUUAUGAAAACGCCGAUCUAUCCGCGCGCCCAAGUCAUGUACACCGAGGUCUAACCACCUA